UGGCUCCAACAUACACAGCAGACAACAGAAUGAUCAUCACAAUCCCUUUGGGAAAGCUGAAAGAUCUCCAGAGAGGUGAAAAAUACAUGCCUGAGACAUUCAGCUGCAAAUUUAGUGAUUACUACAAGUUAUUCCUGAAAGGACAACCGAAAGCCUUGGGGGCUGUUCAAAUUCUGAUUGGAAUAGUGCAUCUAGCGUGUUGUAUUGUACUGUACCAACAACCCCACCAGAGAGGAAGUGCUAUAUCAACUGUGCCUAGCAGUGUGUUCAUUAUUUCUGGACUUCUGACGGUUGCAGCAGCAAGUACUCCAGACAUGUGUUUAAUGAAGUUCUCUUUUGCCUUGAACGUUAUCAGUUCUCUUUGGGCAGCAGUUGCUUUUUGUCUCAUUACAACAUUUGCUGCCAAUUCAUCCAACCCACCCGAAUUGGAAAAGACAAUCAAAGGGAUAGAAGCAUUGAUUAUAAUUUUCCACAUCUUGGAGCUGGUUGUCAGUGGAUUGACGUUGCAUUUUGAAAGCAAGGCUUUGUGCCGUGACUAUUUCAAUGUCCUGCCUGUGAUUUACCUGGAACAGGACGCUUGAAUGUACUGCAGGACCCAAAGCAACUGAAGCAACUGUGUGUGUGUGUGUGUGUGUCUGUUCAUCAGAAUAUAUUUUAAAAAUAGAUGCAAACAACUUACAUUAUUCUUCCAUUGCAAAAAGUGUAAUAACCUUUUAAAAAAAAUAAUUACUUACUUAACAGUUAAUAUUUGUAAUGUGAUUUUCUUACCUCCACCCAAUUAGUGGGUAGAGUUACCAGACUUAGUUAUUGCUUGUUCCAAUUGUGCCUUGCUUUGCCUGGUAACUUUUUUUUUUUUUUAGAUUAUUACAUCUUUACAUGGCAAAGCCUGUUUUGUAUUUACUGUAACUGCUCCUUUUUGUAGAUACCUUCUUAUGGUUGACCCGUCAACUUGUAACUUGACCUUUUUUGAACGUGUGAAAUCUUUUU